CUCCGCCGACCCAGCCGCCGCCAUUUUGUGUCGCAGGCGGAGAAGAAGGAGAAGCGGCAAGGUGGGUCCGCCCGGGUCGCUAACCGCUCGGCGAACGUUACUGUCUCCUUUCACCGCUCCGUCUCCGCCAGUAAACACCAACCGCCCGGCAGCGAGUGUUCCGGGGAAAAAAAAAACCAGAGAGAAUAAUAAUAAUAAUCAUCAUUAAAAGAUGGUGAAGAUUUUCGUGGGGAACCUGCCGCGGCCGACCACCGCCGAGGAAAUCCGGGCCCUGUUCGAGAAAUACGGCGAGGUCAGCGAGUGCGACCUCAUCAAGAAUUAUGGAUUUGUGCAUAUGGACAACAAGGAAGCAGCAAAGGAGGCCAUUGAGAACCUGCAUCACUACAAGCUGCAUGGGGUCGCCAUCAAUGUGGAAGCCAGCAAGAGCAUGACCAAAUCCUCCACCAAACUCCAUGUGGGCAAAGUGAGCCCCAACUGCACCAGCCAGGAGCUGCAGGCGAAGUUUGAAGAGUAUGGCACAGUCCUCGAGUGUGAUAUCAUCAAAGAUUAUGCAUUUGUGCACAUGGAGAGGGGAGAGGAUGCCAUGGCGGCCAUCAAGGGGCUGGACGGCACAGAGUUAAAAGGAAAACGGAUUCAUGUUGAACUGUCUAAGAGUCGGCUGCGGGUACAGCCUGGGAUGGGUGAGAAGAACACCUGUUUCCGUUGUGGGAAAGAUGGCCAUUGGUCCAAAGAGUGCCCUGCAGAUCGGCAGGAGAUGGGCCUUGGCUUUGCUCAUGACUACCUUGACCCGUACGCCAUGCACCACCGUUAUGGGGAGCAGCCCUUUUACGACAGCAGGUAUGUCGACUACUAUGAGAAGUAUCGAGCUGGGGCAUAUGGAGCAGUGGGGACUCCGUACCCAGACCGCUGGGGCACCCCUAUGGCUGGCUACGGCGCUUCCAUGAGAGAACGCAUGCCUAAAGCGUUGGAGGCAUACAGCCAGAGCUCUAUAAGCCAGCCACCGACCUAUUACACCCGGGAUCGGAGCCCACUGCGGCGGCCGACCGCAUCGACCAUCACCGACUAUGCCACUGCCGCGACUGAGUAUGCCGCUGCCGCAGCUGCAGCUGCUGCCACUAACUCCGACUAUGGGGCAGCCACCUCCACUGCCGAGUAUACUGCCAGUGACUACGCUGCUGCUGCUGCCAGCUACGCUGCUCAAGACUAUGCCAGCGCUAACUACGCCACUGGCAACUAUGCUGCUGCUACCACGACCGCUGACUACGCCAGUGCCAACUACAGUGCCAGUGACUACGCAGCCGCCGCUGCUGCCUAUGCGUAUGACUAUGGACACACCAUGAGCAACAGUGGUGCCUACUCUACAGCGGGUACAACAGCAGAGGCCUACGCAGACCAUUCUCAAUACUCCGCUUAUUAGUCACAAGCAGGGUGACCAAAACUGUAUGCUGUACUCCAAAUAUGGUGUUGCCAAUGUCUUCUGCUGCAUUUAAAUGACAUCCUAACUCAUGUACUCAGUGCUCUGACCGAUGAUGGUAAGCAUGCCUGCUUUGCUACCUUGUCUACCUGUGACACCACUUCCAAGGAACUGUGCACCUACACCCCUCGGUGUCUUGUCUUAUAAUACUCCCAAGGGCCUUACCGUAAACUGUCAGUCCUGCCCUGCUUAGUCUUACCAAAAUGAACAUGCUCAAGUUAAAAUUUGCUGUGCCACUAUUAAUACUGAAUGUAAUGAGUAACUUAAUCAUUUUGAUUAAUAGAGUAAGAGUAAUGCGUCUAAGAAUACCAAAUUUUGCAUAGUAGUAUUAGCUAUCUCCCCCGCAGCCGGGUGGCAAAGACUCAGGAGAUAGGGAGGAUUCAGGCAUGUGGCAGACUUUAUUCUUGUUCAAGCAACAACCAGUCAAUGCAGGGAGAAGGCCAAAUAUCUUCCCCAAAUCUGGUCCUGAUAUGAGAACCCAGUUGUUCUCAAACUUCAGCUCAGAUUGGAAGAGACAUCAAUGAUGCUCUGACUUUUUUACAAUGAAAUACAGCAUUUUUAUACAUUGUGUUGUUAUAAUAAUCACAUACAACGUGGUCACUGUCAUUCCCCUUAUUCCGUACACCAAUCCUGUGAAACGCCUAAUCAAUGAUGGGCAUUCCUAUGGACAGCCCCAGGUUCCUGUGAAUCCCAUCGUGUUUAACAGACAUUGUAACUUUCAAUGCAUCCUACUAAUUAUCAUUCCAAAAUUACUGGUUAUGUUCCUUUGGACCUGUCCCAGACUUGCUCAUGUCUACGGACUGAUUGAAUUCUGUUAUUCGUUGUAUUCCAUGCACCAUUAGCGAGCAUCCAGGUCUGUGUGCUAUCUCUAUCAAAUUCUGUUAUACCUCUCAUAUUAUCCACUCUCCCAAAAUACAACAGACAGUUGGUUCUAACUAACUGCUGAGAGAUUUGUAGUGUUCAUUCAUAUUAUAAGGUUAGUUAUGUAAACUUUUACAGCUACUUCCAAUGGUUAGCAUUUUUUAACUAAGUUGUGAUCAAUCUAUUUUUUUCAGGAUGUGCCAGGCAUUUUUUUUUAAAAAGAUAAGGAAAGUAUUAUCUGAGACUGAAUUAACUUGCACACCUAUGUUUGAAUGUUUUCCCUGUAAUGCUUCUAUUAUAUUUUUGUUAUAUAUGUGUAUCUGUGAUUACAUUAAAAUCUUUGUGACUAUCUGA